CCUAAUUCUGCUGCUGUGGCUCAUUCUUUCCUGUGCUACGAAAUGGCCACGACGAUGCCGCUGGUGCGGAGCUGUUUGCAUCGAUUUCGAGCGCGUGAAUCGCGAUUCUUCCGACGUUCAGUUGACUCAUGAUCGCAAUCGAGUCCUUUAGCAGAGUUCUUAUGUACCCAACGUCGUGGCGUGAUUUAUUGCGCGGGUGUAUGAGUGAGGAAGUCGAUUGGGAUGAGAGAACCGAGAACAAGGUUCAGUUGUGCAACUGAUCGCCAUGACCCGGAGAGGAGGAGAUGGUAGGGCGUGAGCUUCGGUGGGUGAGGGUAUUGCAACAAGGUUUGAAGCUUCCUUAUAAUGCUGCAUUUUGAAGAAGUCGUGUGUUUCACGAUACAGCUCAAAGCCUGAGAUUGAGUUGGGUUUUGAAGGAGCAAGCUGUAGAAGUGGGUGCUGCAUAUUAAAGCAUCCUCCGCUGUCAAGUGGGUUGCCAUGGGUGCUACCGAUUCCAAGUUGCUCGACUCUGAGGGAGCAGCGGAUGUGAUCGAGACAAUCAGAGCUGGACGAAGCGCGGAAGAAUUGGAUCCUUACAUAGAGAGGCUUCAAAACCUACGUGUUGCAUUGUUAGUAGAGCCUGAGAAGAGGAAACCAGAUGUCUCAUACGCACUCUCUGUAAACAACAUAACAUGGCCAACAGCUGCCUUGGAUGCUGCCACAACUGCUGAAUUGCUAGCUCUUUAUCAGGAGUGGCAACGCCUUAGUGCUGCUGAGGUCAGCAAGAAUCAGGAAGAAAUAGGUUUCAAGAUAGAGGCAGUGGAAGCAGUUGCGAUGAAAUUGUUGCAACGGCUUAAUUAUUCAGCUUCGGUUAUGAAAACCAGUGCUGCACACCUUCAAGACGUGCAGUAUUUGAAGGUUGAGUUGAGGGAGAUGAAGAGGGCGCUGAACAUUGUUCUAGGAAAGUAUGAAGCUCUAUGUAAGCGAGUUGAACAGCAAGGACCUGACUUCUUGCGUGGAGUAACACGACCAUCUUCACGAGCAUCCUCUGCAUUGGGAACAGAAAUUACAUUGGGUGGAGCAUUACAACAAAUUUUUAGAAGUGGCUCUAGCAUGGUUUAUGAUACAAGACCUCCCUAGUAGACCGACAUUAUGAAGGUGGGAUGGAUAAUGCUACAGGAUCCAAAUGCAUGUAAAUGUUCCAGAGAGUUGUAAGCUUCUCUUAGAAAACCACCCAAGAAAACUUUGCUCAGAUCUGCUUCUGAAUUGCAAAUUUUGUGUUAUUAGGCCAGGCAUGUUAUGCAUUAGUUCUCGACUGUAUAGUAUAGUAAGUCCAAGGAAGGCAAGCAAAUAUGAGAUACUGCUAUCAUUGAGUACAGUGCAUUCUAGAGAAUGAUGGACUUGAGCCAUUGUAGAAUUUGAAGAAGGCUCGCUAAAGCCAUAAUUGUAUCAAUUAGCUUCUGAUCGCUCACUUUGUCGUUGUUUUAGAUCUUGAGCAGACUUUUAGAUAUGAUAAAAAAAAUAUUUUAUCAUAAAUCUGCACAAUUUAUUGCAAGGUCUAAUCUGAGAUCUGGCCAAAGCAUUCAUAUUAGUUGUAAACAAAGUGUUUUGUAAUCUAAAAUAUUUAUAUAAAAGUUAUUAAAUAGGUGGCUA